CUUUCCACUGCUGACCACCACCCCAAUUGUUUGGCGCCCUCGGUUCCACGCCACGAAUCACGCACUCCUCUUCCCCAUGCAGAGUAAAGGUAGAACUCUCUAGAAUCACCACCAUCAAAGCGCAGCGUUUCGAUCUCAAGUCUCCAACCGCUUUAAUUCAUAUGUUCGAACAGCUCUGCAAAUUCUCUGGAGAGUUUCAAGGAGAAAAGAGCUUGAAAUUUAGAAGAGUUUGAAAUUUAGCUUUUCAAUUGAAGAUUUCAGAAGGGUUUUUAGAGAAAAAGAGUUUUUGUCAAUGGUGGGAUCAAGGCCGAGCCUGCCUUCAUGGAUUGGUGCAGCGGCAACAAGGGUGGAUAUUGAAGGGAAUGUGUCGUCGAUGUCUGACACGAUGUUUAGAGAGAAUAGGGAAGAGUCUGCACCGUCCGAGCAAUAUUCCAAGGCUUUAUCUGACGGGGAUUUAGGCUUUGGGCAAAGGGCUUUCUCCGCGGCUGGUGCCGCCUUCAUUUCCGCGAUCAUCGUUAACCCUCUCGAUGUUGCGAAGACAAGGUUGCAAGCACAGGCUGCUGGAGUAUCUUAUCAUGGCCUAUGUCGUAUGGCCCCUUUUGAAACGAUGCUUUCAGAUGUCAGAUAUUCUCCAUCUUGCACUCGUGCCGCUCUAAGUGAUGUACCUGUGUGCCCGCCAGAUUGUUUUCAGUAUAGAGGAACACUGGAUGUCUUCUCCAAGAUGAUACGUGAGGAAGGGUUUAUGAGAUUGUGGAGAGGCACAAGCGCAAGCUUAGCAUUGGCCAUGCCAACUGUGGGCAUCUAUUUGCCUUGUUAUGACAUAUUCCGCAACUUUAUGGAAGAAUUCACAACGCAGAAUGCCCCAAGCCUGACACCAUAUGUACCCUUAGUUGCAGGCUCACUGGCACGCUCAUUAGCUUGUAUUACUUGUUAUCCUGUUGAACUGGCAAGAACACGCAUGCAGGCAUUUAAAGAAACCCAGUCUGGCACAAAGCCUCCAGGAGUGUGGAAAACGCUGCAUGGGGUCAUUUCCCCAGUCAGGAGCACAAACAACAUUCAAAACUUACAAAGUUACCGUGUCUUGUGGACUGGCCUUGGAGCGCAACUCGCUCGUGAUGUUCCUUUCUCCGCAAUCUGCUGGUCAACACUUGAGCCAAUAAGGAGAAGAAUUAUUGGUCUAAUAGGCGAUGAAGCCACUGCAGCCAGUGUCCUUGGGGCCAACUUCUCUGCUGGUUUUGUUGCAGGAAGCCUUGCAGCUGCUGCUACAUGCCCACUAGAUGUUGCAAAAACACGACGGCAAAUAGAGAAGGAUCCUGCCCGGGCAUGGAAGAUGACGACCAGACAAACUUUGCUAGAAAUCUGGAGGGAUGGAGGAAUGAGAGGACUGUUUACAGGGAUCGGCCCACGUGUUGGCCGAGCCGGCCCUUCCGUCGGGAUUGUGGUGUCCUUCUAUGAAGUCGUGAAGUAUGGUUUACAUCACAGACAACAGCUCAACAAUGGAACUGGAUAGGACCAAAGUUUUAUUUUCUUUCUCGGAUAAAGAGUCACGCUUUAACAUGGAUGGCAGACGUGCCAACCGGCAAUGAUGGAGACCCCUGGGAUGCCCAUUCUUUCUUUCUUUCUCUCUUUUCUCUCACUUUGUUUCUGUAGAAAGCUAAUAACCCAAUUUUGGUAUUGGACCAGGAAAAUUGUUUCCUUUAAGGCAACAAAUAAAUUGCUCCAUAAUGUAUAGUUUUGCAGUCUGAUUAAAACCUCAAACAGUUUUAAAGGCUGCUGAUGAUUAUUGUCAAGAAUAAAAUCCUAUUUUAGGACUUAAA